AUGGACAUCGACGACAUUCUCGCCUCGGUCGAUCGCGGCCCAGGCGCCAGCCCCGAGUCAGCAGCGCUGGACCACCAGCUCCUGACGCGCUUCUGGGUCGCCGAACGCGCCGUCUCGGAAGUUCUACCAUGGCCGGCACCACUGAUGGAGCGCAUGAUGGACCGGGUUCGGAUGCAGGUAAGCAGCGCGCAACAAACCCCCAAGAGCCAAACAACCCUAACCAGACUGAAUCCCCCGCAGAUCGAAGCAAUUGAAGACCUGGCCGCCUCCUCCGGCGACACAGCCAUGCAAAGCACAACAACGCACAACCCCAACCUCAACCUCCGCCUCUCAAUCCUCCAAACAGACCUCGCACGCACGCAAUACAUCAUCCGCAGUCUACUACGGGCGCGGCUCGCAAAGAUCACAAAAUACAGCAUGCACUACCUCGUCCAGCUAGCCUCGCGCAACAAAAACCCCCUCUCGCAAUCCCAAUCCCAGUCCCAAUCCCAAUCAACAGCCGCCAACGCUCAACCCGAAGAUUCCGUGCCUGAUAUUUCCUCGCUGGAUGAUCUGGCGCCGCUGUCUGAGCCGGAGGCUGCAUUUUUGCAUUCGCAUCAGACGCUGUUGGCGGGCCAUUAUGCGGGGUCGUUUAUGGGUGCAUUUCCGAGACAAUUGAGGCGGUUGGAUGACAAUGCUGGGGGGACGAGCAUGAUUCAGGGACCAGAGGUUCGGGAGGUUGUUUUUGUUCGGUGCUUGGGUGUUGAGGUUCCUGUUGUUGUUGGAGGGGAGGAGGAUGGGGGGGAUUAUGGGGUUACGAUGCGGAUGGGGGAUGUUUGGGUUGUGAGGUGGGAGGGAGUGAAGGAUGCUUGGGGGAGGGGGGAGGUUGAGUUGUUGUGA